CUGGGAAAUGUAGUUUCACUGUGAAAGGUCUGAGGACUCAAGUCUUACGGAGCCAACAGGGAUAGUAUUGUGUUGAAAAGUUUAUAUUCCCCUACUGACUAUGAGCUGGCCCUGCUGUCUGGGAUGCAAGCAUUGAGGUUUCACAGCUGCAAGCAAGGAAGAUGCUCCAGACCAAUAGCUAUAGCCUGGUGCUCACCUUGCAGUUCUUACUGCUGCUCUAUGACCUCUUUGUCAACUCCUUCUCGGAACUGCUACGCAUGGCCCCUGUCAUCCAGCUUGUGCUGUUCAUCAUUCAGGAUAUUGCCAUCCUCUUCAACGUUAUCAUCAUCUUCCUCAUGUUCUUCAAUACCUUCGUCUUCCAGGCUGGCUUGAUUAAUCUUCUGUUCCACAAAUUUAAAGGAACUAUUGUCCUCUCAGCAGCAUACCUUGCUUUGAGCAUAUUCUUCCACAUCUGGGUUAUGAACCUCCGCUGGAGAAAUUCCAAAUACUUUGUGUGGACAGAUGGACUACAGGCCCUCUUUGUGUUCCAAAGACUGGUGGCUGUGCUCUACUACUACUUCUAUAAGAGGACUGCUGUCCACUUGGGAGACCCACGUUUCUACCAGGACUCUCUUUGGCUACGAAAAGAGUUUGCUCAAGUCCACAGCUGACUGAUGCUUCUUGGUUAUCUCAAGCGGAGGUUAGCCUGCUAUGAUGUCACAGAAUCCUCAUCAGUAUCUUGCAGCAAGCCUUUUCUCCUCACAAUCCCCUAUAACCCUGUUCUAAAUUUGGUACAGUCAGUUGAUUUCAUCCCGUUCCUAAACCUUUUGUACAACAGAGUAUUCAGCUCUUCUGUGGACUCCGUGCUUGCUGCGACAGACUUCUCGGUUUCAAAGCACUCCACAUUCCUCCUUUCGGCUUUGCAAACUGUAGUCUCUGCAGCCUUACUGAGGAAUGAUCUGAAGUGCCAAAUGGGUUUGGCUGAGAACUCUCAACACCAAGAAGCAAUGCUGCAAUAUCCUUCUUGGAAAUGUUCCCUCAUUCCCCCAUUCCCUUCCCUCUGACAAGAAGAUACCCUGCCUUCAUUAGAACCACUGGCUGUUGCCAUCCUAAGCGUAAUUACUUAUAAAAGGACUGUGCUCUAGCUUUGCAAUGUUCCACCUGGGCCCACUGACUUGGUAGA